AUGUCAGCUAUAGCAACGACCGCCACCGCCACCCCCGCUAUCCCCGCCAAACCCCUGACAGACAACAGCCCGGAGGCGCAGACGAGGACCAAUUUCUUUGCCAAAGUAACCUCCUCCUCAGUGCCCUGGCAGGGUGUCGCUAAUCAGCAUCGGCAAGCGGCGUCAGCGCCAUUCCAAGUGACGAUACCCAACGACUUUAGCAAACUCCCCGUCUCAACAGCCUCCGUGCUUGAGACCUCCUCGUUGUCUUCCUCAACGCAUAGUAGCGGUACAGCCUCACCGCACAGCCAGCAACCAGCUGCCGACGGCAAUCGCAACGUUUCAGACCAUCCAUUGUUUAGUUCUACUCUUCCCUGGUUAUCCAGUCUGGCGGAGCUUCGAAAAAUGGGAGGCAACUUCGUCAACCCACCUAUGGUCCCUGCAGGUCCGACUCCAAACGACGUCCUUCACAUGUUCAAACAGAUACAAGCUGCAGACCCCUUCAACGGACGAGCAGGCACCUGGAGGAAUGCCGACUUUGACGACCAACAGCUGCAGUACGUUGCCGCACUAGCCGCAACCAUCACAGCCGUUGUCACCUCCAACAGUUUCGUCCCACCAAAAGAGGACCCGACGCUGUGUCCUCAUACGGCGAAGAGCCUUCCAAAUAAAUCCUCCCCCAAGUCCUGGCCUUUUAACAGCACAAUCCCCCCCGUCGGGAGAAUUACCGACCACCAUCUUCCCUCCCCAGACACCCUGCAGUCUCUUCUGGCUACAGGCAGUAGGGUUGUUCUUCCAGCAGAGGGCCCGCUUUCUGGCAUGCGGUUGGGCGGAUGCGAGAACGGUUGUACCAGUCCGGGUAUUAACCGUAUUGGUGAACAUCCCUUCCCCCUCUCCCCUACUAAAUCCUGCUCUGCUCGUGGUGGUUCUGUGCUGCAGUCAUCGCAGCAUAUAUUACCACAUUUGGACCCAUUGAAUUCUCCAUACCCCCCUCUCCCAAGUGCCUCUCCUGGGCGAUUUUCCGGCGGACUUAGCCACCCUUUUAUGCGUCUGAACAGUGAGUUGAGCCAGUUUGUGAGACGAGUUCAAGAUGAGGAGUCGGAAACGAAGAAACAUGACUGUCCCAAAGCCGAACUCGCGGAACCUGAGCUCUGGAGGGCAUUUCACAAAAUGACAACGGAAAUGGUCAUUACCAAAUCUGGAAGGUAAGUCGUUUAUGUGCAGCUCACCUAUUCACCAUUUAUAGCGGGAAAAGGCUCAUUCAAUUUGGUGCUCACUUUUCGGCGUCUCUGUGCUUUAAAAGAAGUCUUUAGUACUGCGCUCAGGUAGUGUAAUGCUUCCUCGUAGACUAUGUGGCUUCGAGCUCGCCCGAUCUGGCUAGCCUCCAUGAUAUUACAAAUAUCAUCCUGCCACUGCCUCUGGUUCGGCACCGCUGACCAUAUACAAGCGCUGGAGGGGAGAUCAACUCAAGACCUGGACCCAUGAAGACUGUCAAGAUAGGGGGGCAAUUCUUGAAUUUUUGUAUUCCGGUCUCUGUCGUUGUCCAGAUCCGCUGUCACAGAUUGUCACGCGAGGGAGGUAAAAUCCGCUACGUCAUUGGGGCCGACUAGAUCCGUCAAGAGCAGAGGCAUACAAAGUAUAGGUACAAGCACAUACUUCUGUCCGAACACUCUCUCAGGUUGUGUGCAUGCAGGCGAUGGGUGAGGUUGCCUUGGGUCUUAGAGGGCUCUACCAUCCAAUAUGUAGCAAUAUGACUGCAGGAGCUGCUUUGGAAUUUGAUAAAAACAAUAAAAAAGUUGACAAACUGUAUCGUCAACAAAAACGUUCAAAAUACCCCUAAAAUGUUACAGUAAAAUGCAACGAUGAGUCGAAAUCCUCCCAGUUGCGAUCAUGAAGCCGGUUCGAAAAUCAGAUUUUGGCUUACACCUGGUUCGAAAGGUACUGCAGCCUACAUGAUCUCGACGGUUGCCUGCGGUUCAAAAUCAAGUGUCAACACCGUCACUACCCGACCACGCUACUAAGAUAGGCAGCAAACAUUUCAGAUUUAAUUUCAUUCAUAGCCAGGGAACAGGCUUUUAUCAGCAGUCGAGGUCCUGUUUUGGAGUUUGCUUCCUUGAAGCAAUUCUUCUAGAAGGGAAGUUAUGCGCUGAAAUCGAAAAUCAGCUCUGACGACCUAGAUAACCUUAGCUCGCGUUACACUUUUUUAUCCUGUCAGUAAGGGACAGAUGAAUUGCAUUUCUUUAUGUCAAAUUCGUCUCACACUGGCAAAUGUGGUCACAUUAACAGAACAACUCACCACAGAGCACACUUACGGGGACCGAUAAACAUUCCUUGACACUGAAAACAGAUUUCUGGGUUUCCCUUUGAAGAAAGCUCUACAUUAAAAAGCACAUGCGAGCACACCUAAGGUUCAAACGCUUGGAUGGCGCUAAUAUAAAUUUCGGGCUAUGUCGGUUUUACGAAUAAAACAUAGAGGCGGCACUUUAAUAAGCAGUUUCGGAAUAUAACUGUCAUCUACGGGCCUGAAGUUGGUGACUGCAUUGGCCACAUAAGUGGUUAUACUUUGAAGACGACUUACUCGAAGUUUUCUCCCGUGCAGCUCAGAUGACUAUCAUGCACGCCCGUGAUUUGAAGGUUUUUGUCGACUGAGACCCAUCCCAAGUACUGAGGACCUGUCGCAGCGCCUUUCAAGGCAUUACUGUUUGCCCCCCACGAGGGUUCUUCAGACUUCGAUUGUCUGGUUAUAUUUUUUUACUGUCAUUCGGUAACCACAUGCUUAGCGGAGAGGGAGAGAGAGGACUGACUGCGCUUAUCUGCAAUCACAAGGGGUCUGCUAGCAAUCAGCUGUCAGCGGGCAUUGCAUUUGGAAAAUAAUCUACUCCGAUGAGAAUUACCGCAUCUUCUUAAUCUUAAUUCCUACGUUUGUUUUACUUCUCUCCUUGUUGUCUUCUAAAAUACAAAAAGUUGUGUACGAAAAACAGCUGAUGAUGCAGGAAGACAGGAGGGUCAGAUCGAUCAAAAAGUACACUUGCUUAUGGAUUAAAAUGACCCUAAAAGACCAAAGGAUGCUACAUUGGAUUUGAGUCAGCUUCUUAGUGACUUUGUUCCCUAAUUAUCUUGCUAGUUCAGAUGAGACGGUCCUGGGACUGUAAACAACAGUCAUCGCUCAAUUGAACGUUUCAGACUGGGCGCUCGACAGCGACCCAUUGCGGCUUGAAAUUUGGUUUGUCAGAAACGUAGAAUGCACAAAGUGCACUGGUGUGUCGUUCUUAUAAGGGAGUAAAAAAUACAUAAAACCAAGUUCGGCAAGACCGGACUCUAGGGAGUUUUCAAUCAAGGCGUACCCAUAUGUAACUGAAUGGAUAGCAGAACCUUAGUAAAACCGACCAUACUUGUUGCUCAUGAGUUCUCCUCUCUACGCCUUUUGCAAGACGGAGCGGCAAUAAUCAUCCUAAUUCUGGUGGCGAUGAAGGCCAUAAAACCAACACUUGAGUCUGUCGUGAUUACUCGUGGUUCGUAUCUGUCCUUAGAUCACCAGCAGUAGCUCUACUUCACAAGUAUAUAAUUCUCACACCGACGUUGCCAGUUAUCUCAAGAAAAUUAGGUGGCGAGUCUGCUGACAUCAGGUUCAAAAGUCCUCUAGCAUUUACUUGUCAGAAUGACUAGCAACAGCUGUACGCCAGAGAUCGGCUUUCCCAACCGCCUAAACGAGUAGGCUUCGGGGCUAAAUCCAAUGCUAGUAUGUUAUUCAUGCCUAAAUGAGCUUGCUUAUGUGUAAUUGGAGGUUGAUUGGGGAUUCGAGAUGCUAUACAAGUUCCCGCUAGUUAGUUUGUGGUUGGGUUGUGGCAAACAGGUCAAAGCUUCGCAAAUUAUAUUCUUCUUUCUUAUUUCUCUAAAUUCGUCUCAGAUUCUAGCUGGAAUACUCAUCUAUAAGCUUUAAAUCCGGACCUAAAAAGAUUUGUUUUGAAGGAUUUACUCCAAAUUCUUAAUUUAUUGCCUCCGAAAUUAAGCAAGACAACAUCGUCUCGCACUGUCGCUAUCGUAGAAUUAAGAGGUGGUAUAACUGCCUACUACUACUACUACUACUACUACUACUACUACUACUACUACUACUACUACUACUACUACUACUACUACUACUACUACUACUACUACUACUACUACUACUACUACUACUGGCUACUACUGGGGAGAAUGACGCAUGGGGCACGUCGCCGAGGAAACUAG